AAGAUUCCGACAGUCCAAAACAAAACCUUGCUCCUGGUGGGGAUCGAACCCACGCCCUUCGCAUUGCUCAAGCAAGAGCGCCUAUACUGCUGUAUAAGUACGACGCGCUAACCGAUUGCGCCACAGGAGCUAGCUGGGGAGGCGAGGUCGUUCUAUAGGUAUCCAAAGACUAAGGCCAACUCAGGUAGCGUAAGUGGAUCGAAAAUACGCUACAUUUGACGAAUGUAACCCACAUUUUGAUAUUGUAAAGCCGUAUGUACUUAAAAAAGAAUGCCAACACUACACCCGCCGCCAUUUUGUGUGUGAAAUUUUACAACAAUCUACCUUAGAUGACGUCAGAGGUAAAACAAAAUGGCGACGGCCAUACGUGUCUGCUUCCGCAUUCGUCAACAAAACAGACAUUUUUCUUAAAUUUUCGCCUAAAACUAGACACUAGGCCAAUAUUUUCAUCAUCAUGAGUUGGUUCGAGUCAUCAUCUUUCAGUAGUCUUGCUAAGACGGCGCUGAAUUCGGCGCAGAAGUCGAUAGACCGUGUUUUAGACAUACAAGACGAAGGUGGAAACCAAGGUCCCGGGGCUGCUGCCAGCCUAUCACAGACAACAGGUAAGAAGUCAUCUGGAGGUGGAUGGUCAUCAUGGAUCUCACCUACAUCCAAACAGAAGGCUUCGUCUUCUCCUACAUCAUCUUCUGGCACUCAGAAGAAAACAUCUCCUCCCAGGAAUGUGGAGACGGAUGAGUUCUUUGCAGACUUCCUUGGUGGAACCUCGCAGGCUAAAAAAUCUCCAGUUUUGAAACCGCCUGCCAACAGCACACCCGUACCCAAACAGUUACCCACCACUCCAUCCCAGACAAAAAUAUCCCCUCGACUUGGUGGACUGGACGCCCUCUCUCCAACUGAAAAGCACAAGCAAAGGAAAAAGCAACCAGGACAAUUCAAGCUUCAGGUUGCAACAUCUCCAACAACCUCAAAGCCACAGGUGAAAGAAGAUAUCCCAAAUGAUGCAGUUGUUUCAGUUAGCCUUACGGAGAAUGUGUCAGAGCCUAAAAGUAAAGAAAACUUUGAUGUCAUGUCAAGUAGUUCAAACUCAGACUUGUCUGCAAGUUCUGAAAGUCAAUCUGUGUCGGAAAGUGGUCAGGAAAAGGAGAUGUUGACUGAUUCUACUACUUCCGGUGAAGUGGAGAAUGUAUCCAGUAAACUUGAGCCUCUUGGGGUGUUCAAGCUAGAUGAAGUUCAGAUAAACCAUGUGGGAAGGGAACCAGAAGCAAAAGUCCUCACUGGAGAUUCUGUACUUGUAUCUAGUGGUUCCUGUAUAGAGAGUGGAGAAACAGAAAACAGUGGUUUGGGACAAAACUCUGAUACAAGUACUGUUGGUAGUACUGGCAUUGCAGUUAUAGCAGAUGAUUCAAGUGUUAACCUUGAGGCUGGGGUGGAAACACAAUUGGAAGCAACAUUGGAUGCUUCAUUGAGUCAGUUAACUAACUUGGAUGAGAGUGCUACACAAGCAGACAGUGUAAAACAUGUCAGAGAUGAAAACACGUCAAGCAUUGAGGAUUUAGAACAGACUGCAGAUGGAACAUCACCGGAGCAAUCCAGCCAACAGACAGCAGACAUGGAAGAAGGGGAAGAAAUGAACCUUACCGAGAAGUUGAAUGAAGUUACAAGAAAUGAUACUGAAGAAGAUCAUCUAAGACAACAAGAACCUCAUCACAUAAGAGAAGAGGAACCCCCUCUUGUAAGUAAAGAGGAAUCAUCUGAUGUAGAAGAAAAAGAUGAAAUCUCUUCAAGUAGUGCUGACAGGGAGAUGCCAAAUUCUAUGAGAGAAGAGGACAGUGCUACUACCAAUGUGCAAGAAAUGUACAGAGAACAUGGUACAAACUCUGAGACGGUCGAUGCAGAACAUAAUAAGGAUCAUAUUGAUCAAGAGAAAGAAGGAAAGUUUUCACAGGAUGAGUCUGACUCCUUGGAGAUUUGCGCAGAAAAUGAGGAAGAUCAAGCUCCUGACAACCCUAUGGAUUUGAACCACGAAGAGACAGAGUCCACAGGCAAAACAGGUGACCAGCCUUCGGAAUCAAGAGACACGGAACCUUUUGAUGAUACUGAUACAGCUGAUACUUUUAUGGAUGUAGAGCCAGAGACUGAACCACUGGACAAAGGCACUGGUCAAGACUCUGUCCUGGACAGCAGUGGUCAGCAGCUGUCAUGUGAAGAGGACAGUACAUCACAGAACAAUGCCCUGGACCCACAGAAGUUACUGAAGAAGCUGGCUGAUAUGGCAGAGGUACUACAGGCCAGAGAAGCCAAACUUCUGGAGCUCAGUAAACAAAACAUGGACCUGGAAGAGACUGGCAAUAUACUGAGAGUUUCCACGGUGAAUGACAAACAGAUGGCACAGUUACUACAGGAGAAGGAUGAACAGAUAGAGGCACUGAUGGAAGAAGGCCAGAAGUUGUCCAAGCAGCAGUUACAGAGUUCCAACAUCAUCAAGAAACUACGGGCCAAGGAGAAGGAGAGUGAUGGUGUCAUCAAGUCUCAGAAAGAAAGACUGGACAAGCUGCAGGAAAAUGUGGAUCACCUCACACAUGUCCUGGAUGCCAAAGAGGACAUCGACAAGCAACAGAAAGAUGCCAUAAAAAAGUUGAACUCAGCUCUGGAGAAGCAAACAAAAGAAUUAACAAUAGCCAAGAGUGAGCUUGAGGAAGCCCAGGACAGAGUACGCAGCAUGCAGUCUGCACUGGACAGUUCUUACAAGGAGAUCGGGGAGCUCCACAAGGCCAAUGCUGCCAGGAACAGUGAGCUGCAGGACAUGACACUGAGCGCACAGCUGCAGGCUAAGGAGGAACUACGGCUGGCACUGGAGCAGGAACAGGAGAAGGCUAACCGUGGGCACGAGAAACUUGUACAGCAGGUUGAAGACCUGAGACUGAGUCUGCAGCGAGCAGAGACCCAGCAGAGCAGACAGGAGGAUCUGCUGCGGCAGGAGAUCAGUGACAUGCAGCAGAGACUGCAGCAGGCAGACGCUCGCAACCAGGAACUCAGCCAGUCUGUUACUGCUGCUACCAGACCUUUACUGAGACAGAUAGAAAACCUACAGUCCAACUUCUCUGCACAGACUUCCUCAUGGGAGAAGGUGGAGAAAAACCUGACAGAAAGACUCACCGAAUCUCAGAGUCAGCUGGCGGAGGCCUCGGAGAAAGAGCGAAUGGCGACUGAGACCAUGAUGGAGACCAAGGCUCGCCUGACGUCCCUGGAGUCCAAGUGUGCCUUGCUCAGGCAGGAGAAGUCGCGCCUGCUGGCCGAGAUAGAGAUGGAGAGGGCAAAGGUCACCAACAUGGAGGAUGCCAGGCACAGGGAGCAAGCACAGCUUGAGGCACUGCAGAAAACAUCAGAGAAGCAGAAAGAAGACUGGACCAAAGAGAAGCUCCUCCUUGAGAACCAGCUUGAGAUGGAACGCUUGAGGGUAGACACGGAGAAAAAGAAGACUGCUUUGGCUCAGGAACAGGCACAGAAGGACAGGGACAGACAGUGGUCUAAGAUCGACCAUGGUUCCCGCUCGCAUUCACGGUCCAGCUCCGUCAGUGACACUUCCCAGAAUUCCUCCUUCUUCCAGCCCAUACAGGGUGACAGUAGUGAGCCAGGGUACAGCCCGCUGUCUCCCAUGACCAACAGCACGUCAGGGAGUCUGUUGGACAGCAUGAGGACAGCCUCCACAUCAACCCUGUUUGAAGGUCUGCAGUCCACACUCAAGAUGAGGGAGGGAGAAAUCACUCAACUACAGGAGGAGAUUGUGAUGUUGGAACGUCAGCGAGCAGCCAUGGCUGAGGAGCUGGUGUCUCUGUCCUCACAGAACCAGGAUCUCCUCACACAGGUGGAGCAGGUCCCCACACUCAGCGACAAGGUUAAGAAACUGGAACAGAGGUACAACACCAUGCUGCAGAUGUACGGAGAGAAGGCAGAGGAAGCAGAUGAGCUGAAGAUGGAUCUAGAAGACAUCAAGGCAAUGUACAAACAACAGAUAAGUGACCUCCUGAGCAAGAUGACAUGAUGAAGAUGCAAUAUAGACAUUUAAGAAGGCUUACUUUGUAGAUGGGACUACUCUAUAUGGUAUAUGGUGAACUACAGGGAACGAGCUGGCCAAGACAUGCUGCAGGGAUCUAUAAGACUUCCAAAACGUCUUAUAGAACAGGUCUGAGAUUAUCAUGAUCAGAAAGCUAUGCUCAAGUGUUGGAGCUUAUUAUCUGGGAAUUCGUUUGGAGUGAUAUAGAUAGAAUAUUCAUCAAAUCUACAACCUGAAUGUUCGUACAUGUAUUUACGAGACAUGUUCAAUGUGAAACUCACUCUACCAACACACUAUAUCUCACAGGAUGUUGCCAAAUUGCGCCAGAUUUAAUAAGUGGGUCAGUCCAGUGAUCUACAAAUUUGAGAACAGCAACUUCUCUAGUUAGGCAGAUCAAAGACUUUUAGGUGAUCUAGAGCUAUUUUUCUAGAAUAACAUAUAGAACAAAAUGUACCUGUCAAAUGUGAAUUAGAUUCACUACAUUGGUGAAAUACCCAAUAUCUUUGGGCACAGAUGUUUAUUCUGUCUUACAGAAGCUAUCUGUUAAGGUUCCACAGACUUACAUGAAUCAUAUUUUAGGCACCUUAACUGCUUAAGACAAUUUUUUUCGAAAUUGUAGGAUUCUAUGGUACAAUUGUAGAAAAGGGUCACUUCUUUUUCGUUGUUGUUGUUAAACUCUAUUGCGUUCAACUAGACAUUUAUGUACAACUAGACAUUUAUGAUUACUGGUGGUAAAUACUAAAUGGUUUUAGAAAUGGGCUAAGGCCUAAAGGUAUUGUGGAUGUUGUUAUUGUUGAAUUGCCAACAUUUUUUGGCACUGGUAUUACAGUUACUGUACGUGUAUAUCAUUUCAGAGUUUUUGAUAGAUAAGCUGACAGCCACUUGAUGAAAUAGAAGUGAGUCAUUUGCAUGCUUUAUUCAUCAAUAAGUACGUCUGGCAUAAAACAACAAAGUGACUGUCACAGUGGUUUUGGCAUGAAUGGCAAUUUUACAAUUAUCCCAUUUCUCAAACAGUAUAAACAUAGUACAUACAAUCAUAUAACUUAAUGUGUAAAUUCAAUUUACUUUUAAAACCUUUAAACUUUCCUCGGCUACAUAUUUCAUUCCUCUCAAAUGCUGCUAUAUACUUAAAUGUAGGUCUUAAUUUCAAAUAAGAUACAUAGUAAAUGUGGAAAAAAAGUAUCUGGUGCAAUAGAUGCAAAAUAUGAUUUGGUAGCUUUCAGCAAUGUCUUGACAACAUUUUACUUUGAAUUUGAGAGAAUUAUGUACACUGGUGAAAAGCUUUACUUUCUAGGCCAACACUUGAAAGUAAAAAUUUUGAAAUGUAAAUUCUUGAUAUUUUAAUGUUUCUGAAAAAGUAUUUGGUAAAAAAUAGUUUUUGUAGAUUGUGUUUGAUCCAUGCACCCUGGUACAGUUUUAAGAUACAUGGACCAAACACAAUCUAACAAAUAAUGUAAAAGUCAGUGUUCUUGUCUUUACUGACAAAAUGCAUACAUGUACAAAAUAGGAACAUUAUGAGGUGAAAUAAGUGAUGUUGGGUUAUCCAUACAUUGUGUAUGUGGUGUUUACGAUUAUUAAACACUUGGACUCCUA